AUGCUGGGCGGGGCGGCGGGGGGCGCCCGCUCCCGCCCGCCCACUGAUCUCCAACAAGGUGUGGCUCGGUUCCCGUUGUACUCCCUGUUCCCGACGCAGACCGGUAACCGACCCACGAUACACAAAGUGACGGAGAGUUUGUUUUCGACAUCGUUGUCGACAUUCGGCGUGCCAACGCCGCCGCCGAAUUCCCCCUACUCGCCGCUGCAGCUGGAAUUACUCAACUGCUCGCAGCGGGUACUUCUCACUGACAAGGACCACACUAAAAUGGAAGAAGCUAAACUGGGCAAAGCCUGUCUUCCUGAUUCUUUAUGUUGUCCUGGUGAUCAGCGGCAGAUGCUGGACGGUAUCGGCGUCAUGCAACCGCUUACUAUCAAGACCGAACAGGCAAAACGGUCAUGCAACACUUGCCUCACAAAUUCUCCAAAAAAGGUCAUGCACACGGACAGUGGCUGUAGUAGAACAAAUCCCGUAACCUGGCUUGGGGUUGCGGGACAAAAUCUACAAGUCCAGGUGAAGCGGGAACCUCAACACGUCCAAGUUUCAGAACUGGUUGCCGUCAAGCUUGAACAAGCGUCGCCUGGUAACAAGCCAGACCCACCACCAGCGAUACCGGCAUCGCUAAACAACGGAUCUAUUCCUGUCGGUAUCGCGGUCGCUCGACAACGAGUAGGCGAUGCUGGGCUCCUCGCAGCAUUGUCUCAAAAAGACAACCAACAACGCAUGCACGAUAUCGAAGCGGCGCAAGCGGCCAUGACGGUCGGCGUGGCGAACGUGCUCUGCGACGAGCGCCCCGCCCCACUGGCGUGGCCGGCCCCGCCCACUGCCGCACCGCCCGCUCCCCUCUGGCCGUACCCCGCUCAAGUAUCUAUGGAGAGUAUGAUGGUCGGAGGUGUCGGUGUCGGCGGCGUGGGCUCCGUGGGUGGCGGCAUGUCGAGCGGGUUCCAGCUGGUGCGGGAACCCACGUCUGGAGCACUCCUACUGCUGCCCACACCUCCUGACCUACCACAUGCAGUCGUCUGGGGAGGAAUGCCCUACCAAUCAGCACCACUGCUCCUCCCUCAAGCGCCGCACCCGUCACAUCACCUACAACUACUACCAGGCGACCUCCUCGCCAGUACAGCGACGUUACAACACACCCACACACAUUCUACGCGCUUAGUAACUCUGGCGCCGGCCCCACAACCUCAACCGCACCCAGCACAUACAGCAGAUAAAAGAAAACCUAUCAUGCAACCUCUGAUUACGCCCCAUCUUAUCAAGAUAGAACCUGAACCCCAGCAUGAGAAGCCACAACCAAGCUAUGCGCCAGAGCCUGUUCAGCAGCCACUGAUUACGACGCACUUGUACUACCAGCCUGACUACUCAGAGCAGGCGUGUCGGAGUCAAGCCACGUCACCAGCUGCGCCUCCGACACCACCUCCUGAUGCACCUGAACUCCCAGCACACAGAGAUGCUUCUAACCAAACAGAUCACAUUGAUGAGGAUGAUGAAUCGCCGAAUCAUGCUGAUGAAGAUGAAAGGGACGUAGCAUGUGUUGGAGUCGCACAUUAUCCAGAAGAAAAUAUGUUGCAAGCACAAACGCAAUUACUGCAACAUCAACCCAUGGAUGAAGAAUCUUCGGAAGGACUCGCAACAACUGUUGUGGGAACAGUUGAAAAAGCAAUAGAUACAAUUGAAAGAGAUGAUGGACUAGACAACUCUAGUAGUAAUGCUUCUAACGACUUAGUGAUAGACACUGCGAGAACAACACCAGUUCCACAUCCUCCACAAAAUUCAAGACCUCCAGUAGACGUCAGUGGUUUAGAAUUGUUGUCAAAUAGUAUCGAACAAUUUGAACGUACUACACCUGGAACAAACAUGCCAACAUUAGAUCCGGCCCCAUUAACUGUAGACACGAGAACACCGACAAAACUUAAUAUUUUAAUAAAAACAUCGCCUAAAUCUCCACCCAGGACAGAAGCCGAACCUCACAGACGUUUUGAGUUUCCUCCUACAGACCCAUCUACUAGUGAACAGACAAAACCUUCCCUGGAUGGUUUGGGAUUGUUAUGUGCUCUAGCAGAACAAAGGUUUAUGGAAGAAGUGGUGGAAAAUCCUCCUCAAAGCAUACCAAUUGCAUCCCGUCCUUUUAUCAAAAGUGAACCGUUAUUAAGUCCCACCGACAGAAGUCGUUCCGCAGACUCGUCUAACAAUAAAAAAGACAGACAUAGACAUAGGGAUGACUCUAGUGGCGAAAGGAGGAAAAUAAGAAGUCGCGAUAGAGAAGAAAGGUUACGUCAUAAACUUGAAAAAAUGCGUCGACACAAACGAGAAAGGGAACGAGACGAGAGCAGAAGUAGUGGAGGGGAACUAGAGACAAGCCUAAGGAGAGUAACAGCGUGUUCUUGUAACUCUGUCUCAUGUACGCAUAACACUAACGUUCGUUCAGCUCAUGCACUCGCCAGUGCGAUAGAAAAAGACAUGCGUGAGAGACUGUUAGCACUGGAGAGACAAUUCGAUGAGAGGAAAGCACAAUUAAAGGCGUUAGACCCGCCAUUACAGACGCUAUCUACGUCCACAACGCCGUCAACUCCGGCAUUAUCCCCCGAUUCAGAUAGAGGUUCAUCUAAGAAACGUAAAGUUGGAAGACCCCGUAAGGUCUCCAGUCCAGACUCGACCGAGACUAUAGUAGCAAAGAAGCCAAAAUCGAAAAGUAGUUUAGUAGGCUACCUUUUGGCAAAGGGCAAGCUAAAAGGUGGUAUAUUAUGCACAAGGGGAGAACCUUCUAGGGAAGAUAUCAACCGAACAAGUAAAGUGCGUCCUAAGUUGAAAGCUGAACCUAUUAUGAAAUCAUGUUCAGAUCCAGAGGAAGCCGAGUGGGCUCUCAACAGAUCAGCGAGUUCUUCUAUGGAGAGUCUUAACGAAGUCAGACAAAAGAAUAGAGAGAAAGUAGACAGACUGGCUCGAAAACAUUCGAGAGAUGACAUACCCGAACUCGAAUUCGCGUUAAGACGUGCCAGUGCUUCGAGUGAUAGUGACAAAGAGAGACGACGUGCGAAAAAGAGACGAAAGAGUCACAAGUCAAAGGAGAGAACUGGUAAUGAAACUAAAGAAACGCCUACAGAGCCGGUGGUACCACCGCCGAUAUCAAAGUGCACAUUGACAGAAGACAAGAUAGACCAGUCUCCUCGAGUGCUUACUGCCAUGGGAGGACUGUUAUGCAGGGAAACUGAGUGCUGUGACUGCACCUGAUGUGUAUGCCAUCACUCUUGAUGGAGAAAGAGGGAAUAAGCCUCAUAUAAUGUCCAGAGAAGAAACGUUGAGGGAUGCUAUCUUGGAAGUCAGCCCUACGUCAGUAACAGAACUGCCGUCUGGUACUCGAGUGUGCGCAUAUUGGUCGCAGCAGUACAGGUGCCUCUACCCAGGUACCGUGGCGGUCUCGUCUCCAGACCCUCAUGAUGAUAAGUUCGUUGCCGUGGAGUUCGACGACGGCGACUCUGGCAGGAUAGCUAUCGAGGAUAUCAGGUUCUUGGAACCAAAUUAUCCUGUUGUUGAAUAUGAAAAUCCAUUAUUCACACUUGGUAAAAGAAGAAGAAACACCAGUGUUAGUGGUGUUAGUACAGAAGAAAAGAAAGUUUCCUCGGUUCCACCGCAACCAGCUACAUCCAGCACAAGUAUUGAAGGUAAACCACCAGUAACAGAGCCAGUCGUCGUCAGCCCUAAGGACGAUGAGGACAGGCAUAAAGACAGAAAGAAACUUAAGAAGCAUCGAAAAGACAAAAUAAAGCGCCAUUCCAGUGAAGAUGAUCCGAAUUCAGUGGAAUACGUUAAGAAGAAAAAGAAGAAACACAAAUGUUGCGAGGAACAUUGCAAGCACAGGAGACAUCACAAGAAACACCACAGAAAACACCGAAAGAGACAUCACUCGAGCUGCAAAGAACAUUCUAGUUCAUCUGGUGAUGAUCAACAAAGAGUUAAAUCGUCUUCAGACUACAUCGACUCGAACAAAUCUAAUGAAGACUCAAUAGACUCUAAUGACAGACUAUCCACACUAAUAGCAGUGGAAAAGUCGCCAGAGGAUAAGAUGAAAACUGUGAUAAAGAAGGCGGUGUUGUCAAAGAAAAGUUUGGUCAAAACCGCAGUUUUGGACUUUAGCAAUUUGGGCAAACUUACUCUGAAGAAAGAAGAGGAGAGUAAAGAUAAUCUGAAGGAUAGUGGCAUAGGAUUGGAAGAAGAAACCAGUACUGCUUCCACCAGUGAUGCUAAAAAGAAGGCGAAGCGUCGCACGGUGUCGUCGACGUCAUCAGACGGCGGUUGCGGCGGUGUCAGCAAGAUGGCCGCCUUCUUGCCUGGCGGCGCACUGUGGCGCUGGCACGGACCUGCCUACCGCCGCACUGCACGCCCGCGACACCGCAAGCUAUUCUAUCGCGCUAUACAGCGAGGAGAAGAAAUCCUGCAUGUGGGUGACGCGGCAGUGUUCCUGUCUACGGGCCGGCCGGACCGGCCGUACAUCGGGCGCAUUGUGGCGCUGUGGGAGGCGCGCGGUGCCAUGGCUGUGCGCGUCAAGUGGUUCUACCAUCCUGAGGAAACUGUCGGCUGCACUGACCAGCUGCACUACCCGGGAGGGUUGUUUGAAUCUCCACACACGGACGAAAAUGACGUCCAAACGAUAUCUCACAAGUGCGAGGUACUGCCUCUGUCGCAGUACAAGGAGCGCAUGGGCGACGACCCGGUCAAGUACAGCACCGUAUACGACAACAAUGACGUGUACUACCUCGCCGGGAACUACGACCCAACACCGCAAACUUUGCGAAUGGAACCAGACAUACCGUUCGCAAACAAAACGACCUCCUAA